CAAAAAUCUGAGAAAGCCGUCUAGUCGUGGCCGGGGACGUUAUACAUGGUUAUCAAUCACUUGGAAUACGGACGCUUACAAGUCCCGCACCGCAAUUUAUAAUCAGCAAUGGCCUGUGUUCAAAGUCAACAUGGAGUCCAGACCUAUGAGAGCUCCCUCUUCAGCUCAGAGUUUCUGAAUCCUGACUUCACCUCCAGGUUGGCCAUGGAUGUAACUGACCAGCGGGACCAGCUCUCUACGCCCUCCCUACCCAGCAUUACCUCUCUAGUAGGAGGCUACGUGGGCGAGUUUGACACCUACACCUGCCAGAUUGCCACAGGUGCUGCGUCUAACUUUGCAGGUGUCAACUCAGGACAGGACUCCUCAUUCAAGCUGGAUGACCUCCAUGUUUACGGCUGCUACCCAGGCACAUUCGCUUUGAGUUACAUGGAUGAGACAUUUUCCUCCUCGGGUGGGUCAAACUGCUUUGGAAGUCCAGCCUCUGCUCCAUCACCCUCCACCCCUGGGUUCCAACCCAUGUCGGCCUGGGACAGCACCUAUGGUCCCUGCUCCCCAGAUGAUGGAUGCUGGGCUUCCGAGACAACACCUCUGGCUCAGACUCCCUCUUACUUCACUUUUGGGCAUGUCACAGCCGACAAGCUUUCCCCUUUGGGCCAGCUGCAGCCUCAGCUCCCAGAUCAGGACCCAUUCUCUCAUACCCCGCAGCACGGUUCUCCUCUUUCCUUCAGUCCGCUUGACCUGGAGCAGAGCAGUCGGGAUGGGUCAGCACUGAUGGAUGGACACCUAUCCCCUAAAGUUAGAAGUCCCACUGGAAAUGAGGGAUGCUGUGCAGUGUGUGGAGACAACGCUUCCUGUCAGCAUUAUGGGGUGCGCACCUGUGAAGGAUGCAAGGGCUUUUUCAAGCGUACAGUACAGAAAAAUGCCAAGUAUGUGUGCCUUGCCAACAAAGACUGCCCAGUGGACAAAAGGCGACGAAACAGAUGCCAGUUCUGCCGCUUCCAAAAGUGCCUAGCUGUAGGAAUGGUAAAAGAAGUUGUGAGAACAGACAACCUGAAAGGUAGAAGAGGUCGUCUGCCAUCCAAGCCAAAAGUUGUCCAAGACUCUGUCUACUCCCCUGUAAACAUUAUCGCCUCUCUCGUCACUGCCCAUAUUGACUCAAACCCUGCUAGUGGAAAUCUAGACUACUCAAAGUAUCAGGAAACAGUAUCUGGAUUGUCUGAGAAGGAGGAUGCCAACGACAUACAGCAGUUUUAUGACCUGCUAACAGGAUCAAUGGAUGUAAUCAGAAAGUGGGCUGGAAACAUCCCUGGAUUCAGUGACUUCUGUAAGGAGGACCAAGAGCUUCUUCUGGAGUCAGCAUUUGUUGAGCUCUUCAUACUUCGGCUAGCCUACAGGUCAAACCCUGAGAUCGAAAAAAUUAUCUUCUGUAAUGGCGUGGUUCUCCACCGGACACAGUGCGUACGAAGCUUUGGCGACUGGAUUGACUCAAUCAUGGAGUUCUCUCAAAGUUUACAUCGCUUGAACUUGGAUGUUUCGUCUUUCUGCUGCCUUGCCACACUGGUUAUAAUCACAGAUCGACAUGGCCUAAAAGAGCCCAAACGGGUUGAGGACCUCCAAACACGCCUGAUCACAUGUCUCAGAGAACAGGUCUCCACAAGUGCCCCUGAAGCCACCCGGCCCAACUACCUGUCCCGACUGCUUGGCAAGCUUCCUGAGCUGAGAACACUGUGCACUCAGGGUCUCCAGCGAAUCUUCUACCUUAAACUGGAAGACUUGGUCCCACCUCCACCCAUUGUGGAUAAAAUCUUCAUGGACACAUUGCCAUUCUGAAUGGGCCUAUGAGAAUAUAUAUGUGGACAACCUAAGUGACUUAAACUGGUGAAAAAGCUGGAUAUGAGCAGUUUGAUGUUUGGGGAGCUUUAAGGACUGUAUCGCUUGAUUUUUCUCUGCUAUCAUGCAAUGGAUUCAGAGAAAGAUGACAUUCUAUUUACACCCGCAUUUGGAACCUACAUUACAGAAUCUUCAACAGUGAAAUCAUUAAGACACUUAGUAGAAUUUUAGGUCAGUGGUGCAAAAUGUAUGUGGCUUCUAAAUGAAAGAAAGUCAUGCAGAUAUUUCCAUACAAUCAGUAUUACCUCUAUGACCUAUUAUCAGAGGUCAUAUUCCAAAUUGAAAAGCAUCCAAGUAUCUAACUUAACAUCCAAUUUCCCAUAAAACAUUACCUGUGGUUUAUGAGAGGUUAGAAAGUCGAUGGACCAAAACAGAAACGGAAAAAUAGAAACUGUAUUUACUUCGAUGCUUGAAGCUGAAAUGUGUCAAAUUCUUCUAUGCCAGAAUACUUUCUCCACAUAAUAAUAGACAUCUAUAUGUAAGCCAUUGGUUGGCCAAUUUCACCAGAGAUGGGAAUUGUUGAGGAAACCUGCAUAGAAAUUACACAUUACAAAUUAUUAAGUCAAAGCCAAACAAUUCUUGCAAGUGCCAGAACAUUAUCUCCUUAAACAUGCUCAGAAAUGUCUAAACCAUAGGCUUUACAAUAAAAACUGAAAAGCACUGAGUGCAAUCGAGGAAUGUGGUAGACUGUUGUGGUAUGGCUAAUGUUUCAGACCUGUGUAGGUGACAAUACAGAUCGAGAGACUUUAGCAUAUAAGUGUAUUUUGGGAGGGGGGAGGGAGGGGAGAGUAUUUUGUUUCCCAUUUUUCUCAAAAUUUGGAAAGCCCAAUUCCCAAUGUGCUCUAAGUCCUUGUGGUGGCGUAGUGACUCGCCUCAAGCCGGGUUGUGGAGGACAAAUCUCAGCUUCCUUGGCGUCUGAGACCGUCAACCCAUGCAUUUUAUCACGUGGCUUGUUGAGUGGAGAUAUAGCGUGUGUGGAGGCUUCACACCAUCCACCGCAGCAUCCACGAACAACUCGCCACACGCCCCACUGAGAGCGAACCACAUUAUAGCAAUCACGAGGAGGUUACCCUGUGUGACUCUACCCUCCCUAGCAACCGGGACAAUUUGGUUGCUUAGGAGACCCAGCUGGAGUCACUCAGCAUGGCCUGGGAUUCGAACUAGUGAACUCCAGGAGAGGUAGUCAGCAUCUUUACCAUUGAGUUCAGUAGUUUUUUAAGUAUUUUUCAUGAAUAUAUUUGAAAGGUCACAAGAGAUCCAGUGCAGCUACUGUACCUGUACCACGUACAGCCACUUACGUGAAAAUACCUUGAGUAUUGUUACUGAAGCCUGACUUACUGAAGUUUAGUGUACCGGUCAAACCUUAGAGUAAUUAUAUUUGUAUGUAUGUAUUUUAUGAAUGUAUAGAUAUGGCUAGAGCUUCUGCGUACUGUAACUUUUUCUCACAAUGACAAAAUCAAGUUUGGGCAUUCUGAUUUUUAUGAUAUAAAAUUAAAGAUAUUGCUUAUCUUUUAUUGAGUUUGUGCAGCUCUCAUUAUAAAAUAUAUUUUGAUGAGAAAUCAUGUUUGGUGCUUUCAUUCAUUAGGAAAUAC